AUGAUGGACCGGUUCAUGGUGCGUGGAUCCCAGAGCCCAAUGCAGUGGAUGUUGGAUUUACGGACGUAUGGGUUGAAGAUCCAUUACAACACCACCACGGAGGGCCAUGUGACGUGGCAGAAUAGUGAUGAGCUGUUAUAUAAAGAUGUCAAAUUUACAAUGCGGCAGUUCCGUGGCAUGGUCGACCACACGGUGCGAGAUGCAUGGCGGAUCUUGAUGGAGGAUUUGCUGCAAUGCACCCCCAAUCAGGUGCCAGUGAUUCCAUGGGAUCAGCUGUAUGACAACCCGUUCAAUGAGGAUCCCCAAUGGAGUUUUGCCGACGGCCACGGCAUUCAGCCCAUCCGCUGGCAGGCAUUCCACCGACGGAUCAGCACGUUUUUGGAGAAGCUGCUGGCGGCGGUCCAAUUCACAUGGGGCCAACCCGCUCGUGCCCCGGAGUUGUUGAGCAUUCGACAUGAGAAUAGCCACGUUGGUGGGAUCCGGAACAUGUUCAUUGAGGACGGCAUGGUGGUAUUGGUGGCGCGGUAUCAUAAAGGAUAUCAGGUGAGUGGCGACGUCAAGAUCAUCCAUCGAUAUUUACCACGAGAGGUGGGUGAGCUCCUGGUAUGGUAUUUAUGGCUGGUAUUGCCAUUUCAACGGCGCAUCGACGCGUGGAUGCAUCAGCGGGAGGACAUCAAUCCCCAUAUCUGGGCCUCCGCGCCGUGGGAACCCACAUGGACCUCGGAACGGGUGCGGCGGAUAUUACAACGGGAGAGCACUGUGGGAUUGUCCGGGCAGACAUUGAAUAUUGCAUCGUACCGUGAGAUUGCCAUUGCAAUCAGCCGCCGAUAUAUGCGAGCAGAACGGGCAUUUGUUCGCCGUGACCCCCAUUCCACCACGGAGGAUGAUUUGCAUGAGGAUGAGGCCCAGAUUAUGGCCCGGAUGAUGGAUGAGCAGGCUGGACACAGCCCCCACGUGGCGGGAGCUGUAUAUGCGCGGGAAACCACCGAACGAGCUGGCGAAGUGGCCGAUCGACGACAACGAUUCCGGCAAAGCAGCCAGGAAUGGCAUCAGUUUUUGGGGUUUACAUCCGCCAUCCAAUCACUGCGUUCCCGCAUGAUCACCCCAUUCCAAGACACGGCCCAGGCCAGUCAGAUCGAGCGAUGGAGCCAUACCCGAGCCAUGGAUCUCGACGAGUCAUUACAGCAGAUGAUGGGACCGUCCGCCACGUUUCGAGGGACCCAGAAAGCCGUGAUUCAGUCCAUCGUCCAGCGGCAGAGUCCCAUUGUUGCCAUCAUGCCCACGGGCGCGGGGAAGAGUUUAUUGUUCAUGUUGCCCGCAUGGAUGAGCCGUGGAGGCACCACCAUUGUGGUUGUUCCAUUGGUGGCAUUACGGGGAGAUCUCCAACAGCGAUGCCAGACCUUGGGCAUCUCAUGUGUGGAAUGGGAUUCGCGACGUCCCGUGGAUGGAGCAUCGAUUGUAUUGGUCACGCCCGAAUCCGCCAUGAGUGAGACGUUCCAGACCUUUAUCAACCGAAAGCAGUGGACCAAGGAGCUGGACCGCAUUGUGAUCGACGAAUGCCACAUCAUAUUGCAGGAAGGAUAUGAGUUCCGGAAGCAGAUGGCGCAGCUGGGUGCAUUAGUCCGCGCGGAGACCCAACUCGUGUUAUUAACCGCCACCUUGCCCCGUGAAAGCGAAGCAUUGUUAUGCCAGCGGAUGUAUUUAGAUUCCCCAACGAUCCAGUGGUUCCGCGGCCGGACCAGCCGGACCAACGUGGCAUAUCAAGUGAUCGAGAUUGGCGCUGGUGAGCCAUCUUGUGAUAUGAGCGAGCUGAUGAUUACGUGGAUUCAGCAGCGAGUUCAGCAGCUCCACGAGGGGAAAGUGGUCAUAUAUACCAAUACCAUUGCCACCGUCCAGCAGAUUGCGCACCAACUGCAAUGUCCGGCAUAUUACAGCCAGGCGGUGGAUAAAAAGGGGAUGUUAGCAUUAUUCCAGAAGCAGAAUCCCGGGGUGAUGGUCGCCACGAGUGCAUUGGGGAUGGGGAUUGACAUUCCCGACAUCCGGCUGGUGAUCCACGUGGGCCGGACGCGGUCAUUGUUGGAUUAUGGGCAGGAAAGUGGACGAGCUGGACGUGAUGGGGAUGCCAGCCAGGCAAUCAUGUUAAUUGAUGGUCACGGACGGGGUUGGGAUGAUCCCCCCACGGUGGAUUCGCGGGUGCAGGAAUACAUUGGUGGUGGUUGUCGACGGCGGGCAUUAGAUAUAUAUUUGGACGGGACGGUGGAUGGAUAUACACGGCAGCAGUGUGAGGAUGGUGAGGCGAUGUGUGACCGGUGUCAGAGUAUUAUAGAUCCCGAUCCCGCCAGUCCGAAUGCCAGUCCCAAUCGCUGGCUUAUUGCCCGCCAGAAUAACAGACAGGAAGCCAGUGAUUCGGCCAGUGAUUCGGCCAGUGAUUCGGCCAGUGAUUCGGCCAGUGAUCCAGCCAGUGAUCCAGCCAGUCAUUCAGCCAGUCAUUCAGCCAGUCAUUCAGCCAUCCAUGACAGACCAAACGGCUGCCCAAAGAACCGCCCAAGGACCAGCCAUUUCACCAGUCCCAACAGCCACCAUAUCGCCAUUCCCACACCAUCACCCGGUCCACGCAAACGCGCCAUUUCCCACCAUUCCAUCCCCCCCAUGGCCAAACGUCGGGCCCAUCCCAUAUUCCCGUCGACGGCAUAUUACCAGGGGCCCAUGCAACGACAGACGCAGCACGCGGAGGCGGAUGGACAGGAAAUCGAGUCCAUCCGGGAACCGUUUGACCGGUGGGCCGGGCAAUGUCGAUUAUGCGGGAUGACAGGGCAACCAGCGCACCAUAGGAUUGGCAAUUGUCCCCAUCCACAGGCACAGAUUGCGCAGUCAUGGAUGGACCAGGUGAUCGAACAGGUGGUCCAUCAGCCACGGGGGGCCGGACGGCGAGGGUAUGAGGCAUAUGCGGCAUGUUUUGGAUGCCAUUCCCCGCAGUGGAUUUGCCAACAGUGGGAGAGCAACGGCUACGGUGGUUACCAGAAGACGCACGAGCGGUGUCAAUAUCCCCAUGUGGCGAUUCCGAUCAUGGGACAGUUAUUGCAUGGACCGCAGCGGCAUUCAAUCCGUGUAGCAUGGCAACAGCGAAUGCAGGCCCAGUUCCCCGGGGUGGACAUUGACGAUGAGCGAGGGUUGAUUGGACAUUUCCAACGGCGAUUUGGGCGACGUGGUGAGGAGCGCAGCGGAUUGGUGGUAGAGAUGAAUUGGAUGUGUGAAUUUAUCGAGCGGGAAUUCCCCGCGUGA